CAAAAGCAAUCCAACCCGUACAAAGAACUUUGAGAAAGAAUCUGACCCGUCGGAUGGAUGUCAUUUGGACAGAGACUAUUUGGUCAACUUAAACAGUACCAAUGCACCUGUCCAAAUCUGACGGUCCGAAAUUAAGGUUUCUUCUAAGACAGAGAAAAAGAAAGUGAAAGAGAAAGACAGAACUCCAAAAAAAAAAAAAAAAAGACGAAAACAAAGAUAAGAGAGAGAGAGAUUUUUCACUUUCGUUUCUUAUUUUCCCUUCAACCCUAAAAGGGAUUUAAUAUCUCUGUUAUUCUUUCGUCAAUCGAAAAAGGAAUCUAAGAGUUUUUGUUUGUUUCUUAUUUCGUUUUUGUAAUUUUAUCCGACUGGAAACGGACGUCGUGUUGGUGAACAGAAGCAGGAGGAGGAGGAGGAGGAGCAGGAAGAGGAAGAAGGGGUGAUUUAAACGGCGUUGUUUUUUAUUUUAGGAAAUUUAGGUUUUGAGAUUUUGGGGUGGAUUAGUUUUAAGUUUAAGUUUAUAACUGUUUUAAUUAUGGGAUUAGGGAUUAAUGGUGGGGAUGAUGUGGUGGUGGAUGACAGUGAUGGAGGUGCCGAUGGUGCUGAUUGCGGAAAUGGAGGGAAAUCUUUCGGUUCGGUUUCAUGCUCGAUUUGCCUCGAAACGGUUGCCGAUAAUGGGGAUCGAUCAUGGGCUAAGCUUCAAUGUGGUCAUCAAUUUCAUUUGGAUUGCAUUGGUUCAGCAUUCAAUAUAAAGGGUGCGAUGCAAUGCCCUAAUUGUAGGAAAAUUGAAAAAGGUCAAUGGCUUUAUGCCAAUGGUUGCCGUUCAUAUCCGGAAUUUAAUGUGGAUGAUUGGACACAUGACGAGGACCUUUAUGACCUGAGUUACUCUGAAAUGUCAUUUGGAGUUCACUGGUGUCCAUUUGGAAGCUUAGCACGACUUCCUUCAUCAUUCGAGGAAGGAGAGUUUUCAUCAACCACAUAUCACGAGUUACUUGGACAACAUGCUAUCUUUGCUGACCAUUCAGCAUCUGCUAGUCAUCCAUGUCCAUAUGUAGCUUACUUUGGGCCAACAAUUCAUCCCUCAUCCUCAAAUUCCAGUGGCAGUGUUUCAGAUAGUUCUAGUUUCAACAGUUCCUGGAAUGGUGCAACAUUGCCUAGUGAGAUACCUAGAUCUUAUGCUUUUCCUGCAAUGGAUCUCCAUUAUCAUAGUUGGGAGCAUCAUUCCCCUCCAUUCUCCACAUCUAAUAGUCGAAUUGGUAGUUCUGAUCAACCUACAAUUACACCUGUCAGUCAAAGGUCAAUCAGGAGCAGUUCUGAUAUGCCUAGAUCGGGAUCUUUUAUGCAUCCAUUUGUUGUUGGCCACAGUUCUGGUGCUAGGGCAGCUAAUUCGGUUGCUUCAUCGUUGAUCCCUCCUUACCCUGGUAGCAAUGCCCGAGCCCGUGAUAGAGUUCAAGCUCUCCAGGCAUACUAUCAACAACAGCACCCUAGCACUUCACCGGCCAUGCGGACACCCAUUAUUUCUGGCUCCCGAAGAUCAGGCAGUCAUAGAAGUCACACUCAAGUUCCAGUGGCCUCAUCAUCUGACCAGGUGGGUGGCUUCUACUUCAUUCCAUCAGGUACUUCAGGCCGUAACUUUCAAGAGGCAGAAAAUCCUGUGUCAACUCAGUUCCAUGCUUGGGAAAGAGAUCAUUUGCCUUCAUUUUCACUAAACCAGGUCGACAGAGAUUCAGGUUGGGGUGCAUUCCAUCCGGUUACAAGUGGUUCAGAUCCUGGCAUAAGAUCCAGCAGCUUCCGCCAAAGGCACGGAUCUGAGAGGACGUCAUCACAAAACCGUUCAUAGUCUUUCUUCUGAUAUACCCUGUUUGGGUGAAACAAACUUCCUUUGUCCUCUACUAUGAAUGAAACCAAAAAGUUAUGUAUGCUUGAGAGACGAUGUAUGAUGCUUGAGUCUGUCAAUCCGGGCAGGGUGAAAAACUGUGAAAGUGGCCCGAAAACGAUCUUUUUGGUAGCCACAUGGCGGUGUGCUGGACUUGGCUUCCUCUGGUUCCUUUGGCUUUGAGGACAUAAAAUAAUUUUUUUUUUAAUGUUGGCUGGUAGAAGUGGUGUUCAAGCUUACAGCUUUGCAUGAUGCUCCUGCAUAGUACCCACAAUUAUAGACACAUAAAAAAAUGGUGUUUAUGGAAAGAAAUAUAGCCAUAGGUCAUCUGCAUGAUUGAAUACACAUGCCCGGCAACAAUACGCCAUCUGCUAGUUGUUUCCUUGUGAAUAGAUGUCUAGGGCAUGUAUGAAAUGACUACCCUGGGCAGUUUUUUCAAGUAGAUUUUUUUUUUUUGGUCAUUCAAGGGGCAGAGCCCUACAUUUGGUCUGCUUUUAUUUUAGGUAUUAUUCAUCAAAACCGAGACAUAUUAGCUUUUUUGAUAGCUCGAAUGACGUCAAUCGGCUCGAAGAGAUUUGGACAAAAAGAUCGUUCUUAAUUUCUCGCUUGCCUUUUCGACUAAUCUAUUCUUCCACAAACAAAAAG